AUGACAUGGUCGAUUACUAAUCAUGUUUUGCUAAACACAUUCUUGGCGAUGUAUGAGCCGGAAUGUUUAUCACUUAAUUACGAGAUAAUUGCCAGUGGAUUGGUAGCAUACGUAAGCUAACUUUUUUUUUUAAGUUCUUCAGCAGUAAAUUCGAAAUGAUUAAGCAAUGAAUAAAUAAGUUAAUAGUGUGGAUUUGCAGUAAACUUUGUUUCAGAUACCCGCUCUAGGUCCAGUUCUCCGUGUUCUGACUUAUCAUUUCUUUGAGAUGAACACCUACAUCACAAUCUGCCGCUUUCUUUUCCGGUAUGCUCAGACCACAGAGAGGCAAAGGCUGAUGGGUUUCUUGUCCCAUAAACGCUUCUUCCGCUUUUUGUAUUUACUUUUCGUGCUUCUGCUACUCAAAAGUGUGUGGUAUAGCCGAUUUAUGUGGGUUGAUGGAGAUGAAUUCAAACGAAAUUUCCCAAGUUCAAACGCUACUGUAAAGAAAUAUAUCUUGGACAGAGCUGUGUUGAUUGCGAGGGUAAGACACUUUGAUAAGAAAACAUCCUUGCGGCUGUCGUAUCUUUUGGGUAGUCUUUGGGACGGAAAUUUUUCAAUGUUUGGAGAGCGCUAUGGGGACAAGUUACACAUUAGUCUACAUGCUAUCAAGUCACCCUUGCAUAGCCACAUGAUAGAACUUUCCAGAAAGUUUCACAACUUCCAUAACUUUUCCCGAAAAUUAGGGGGAAAACUUUUGCUCCAACCUAAUACAAUACUAGCAACACUUAUAUAGUCUGUCUUAUAUGCUUCCGUGAUCCAAUGUGUCGGAUCUUCGAUCUCGAGAGAACCAAUUCCCAGUAAAAUAAUUUGGUUCUCCGUUUUUUAUAUUAUAUUUUAUUUUUUGUAUUAGGUGAAAACUUGUCCCGUGGAUUUCCCGGGUUAACUCUCUCUUUCCCGAGAUUUUUUGAGUCUCUGUCCUCUCUUCCCUCAGGGGAAGGAUGAAUUGAUAUAGAAAUUCGUUUCCUUUUGUCAUCAAGAACACGUCAGUGUGAAAAUUAUCUAAUUUGUGUGUGUGUGUUUUAUUCUGAAGAUAAAUUCUUGUUGUUAACACGGACGAAGUGCCAAAGGGAAGUGAACCCCUAUCUUCAGGAUUCUCUGUUCUUGUCAGUCUCUCCGGGAGCAACCGGAUUCAGCGAUAACAAGCCAAGGUUGGAUUAUUCCUCGACCAACAGGCGAGUAUAUAUCUAUUCCGCUCGACCUCUUGGCGAGUCUCGACCCUAA